AUGGCAGAUGACGAAGAAUAUGAGGAGGUGGUGGAGUACUACACAGAAGAGACGAUUUAUGAAGAGGUGCCGGGAGAGACAAUAACUGAAGUCUAUGAAACUACGACGACAAGGACAAUAUCUGACUAUGAGCAAUCAGAACCUUCCAAACCAGCACUGGCACAGCCGGAACCGGGAAAGCCAGUGGAGAGGAAGAAGGUCAUCCGGAAAAAAGUGGACUCUUCAAAGUUCAUGACCCCCUACAUUGCACACAGUCAGAAAAUGCAGAAUCUUUUUAGCCCAAAUAAGUACAAAGAAAACUAUGAGAAAGCAAAAGGACAGCCAUAUGCCAGUACAACCGAUACCCCAGAACUUCGCAGGAUCAAGAAAGUACAGGAUCAGCUGAGUGAGGUUAAGUAUCGAAUGGAUGGCGAUGUUGCUAAAACUAUCUGUCACGUUGACGAAAAAGCCAAGGAUAUUGAACAUGCAAAGAAAGUCUCGCAGCAAGUCAGCAAGGUUUUAUACAAGCAGAACUGGGAAGACACCAAGGAUAAGUACCUGCUUCCCCCUGAUGCCCCUGAACUUGUACAGGCCGUUAAAAAUACAGCCAUGUUCAGUAAGAAACUGUACACUGAAGACUGGGAGGCAGACAAAAGCUUGUUUUACCCAUAUAAUGAUAGCCCGGAACUGAGAAGGGUUGCCCAAGCUCAGAAAGCUCUCAGUGACAUUGCCUACAAAAAAGGUCUUGCUGAACAGCAGUCUCAGUUUACACCUCUGCCCGACCCUCCAGAUAUAGAAUUUGCCAAGAAAGUAACUAAUCAAGUGAGCAAGCAAAAAUACAAAGAAGACUAUGAAAAUAAAAUAAAAGGAAAAUGGAGCGAGACACCUUGCUUUGAAAUUGCAAAUGCCAGGAUGAAUGCUGACAACAUCAGCACUAGAAAAUACCAGGAAGAGUUUGAGAACAUGAAAGAUCAGAUCUACUUCAUGCAAACAGAAACUCCAGAAUACAAAGUAAACAAACAAGCUGGUGUGGCAGCUAGCAAGGUAAAAUACAAAGAAGACUAUGAAAAGAAUAAAGCAAAAGCAGAUUAUAAUGUACUUCCUGCUUCAGAGAACCCGCUGCUCAGGCAGCUGAAGGCGGCAGGAAAUGCCCUAAGUGAUAAACUGUACAAGGAAAACUAUGAAAAGACAAAGGCAAAGAGCAUAAAUUACUGUGAGACCCCCAAAUUUCAGCUUGAUUCAGUCCUCCAGAACUUCAGCAGUGAUACUAAAUAUAAAGAUUCCUACUUAAAGAAUAUUUUGGGACAUUAUGUAGGCAGUUUUGAGGAUCCAUAUCAUUCACACUGCAUGAAAGUCACAGCUCAAAACAGUGAUAAAAACUACAAGGCAGAAUACGAAGAGGACAGAGGCAAAGGCUUCUUCCCCCAGACCAUAACUCAAGAAUAUGAAGCAAUCAAGAAACUGGAUCAAUGUAAAGAUCAUACCUACAAAGUCCAUCCAGACAAGACCAAAUUCACGCAAGUUACUGACUCUCCUGUUCUGGUGCAAGCCCAAGUCAAUUCCAAACAACUGAGUGAUCUAAAUUACAAAGCAAAACAUGAAAGUGAGAAGUUCAAGUGCCAUAUACCUCCUGACACUCCUGCCCUGAUCCAGCACAAAGUGAAUGCAUAUAACCUGAGUGAUAACGUUUACAAACAAGACUGGGAGAAAAGCAAAGCCAAGAAGUUUGACAUUAAAGUGGACGCCAUUCCCCUGCUGGCAGCCAAGGCCAACAGCAAGAACGCUAGCGAUGUGAUGUACAAGAAGGACUAUGAGAAAAACAAAGGGAAGAUGAUCGGGGCCCUCAGCAUUAACGACGAUCCCAAGAUUCUGCACUCCUUGAAGACGGCCAAGAACCAGAGCGAUAGACUAUAUAAGGAAAACUAUGAGAAGACCAAGGCAAAGAGCAUGAAUUACUGUGAGACCCCUAAAUAUCAACUUGAUACUCUGCUGAAGAACUUUAGUGAGGCUAAAUACAAGGAUUCAUACGUAAAGAAUAUGUUGGGACAUUAUUUAGGCAGCUUUGAGGAUCCUUAUCAAACACACUGCAUGAAAGUUUCAGCUCAAAACAGUGACAAAAAUUACAAAGCAGAAUAUGAAGAAGAUAAAGGGAAAUGCUACUUUCCUCAGACAAUAACACAAGAAUAUGAAGCAAUCAAGAAGCUAGACCAGUGUAAAGAUCAUACCUACAAAGUUCAUCCAGAUAAGACCAAAUUCACGGCAGUCACUGAUACUCCUGUGCUGUUGCAAGCCCAGCUCAACACGAAACAGCUCAGCGAUCUGAAUUACAAAGCAAAGCAUGAAGGGGAGAAGUUCAAGUGCCACGUGCCAGCAGAUGCUCCAGAGUUCAUCCAGCAUAGAGUCAAUGCCUAUAAUCUGAGCGAUAACGUUUACAAACAAGACUGGGAGAAAAGCAAAGCCAAGAAGUUUGACAUUAAAGUGGACGCCAUUCCCCUGCUGGCAGCCAAGGCCAACAGCAAGAACGCUAGCGAUGUGAUGUACAAGAAGGACUAUGAGAAAAACAAAGGGAAGAUGAUCGGGGCCCUCAGCAUUAACGACGAUCCCAAGAUUCUGCACUCCUUGAAGACGGCCAAGAACCAGAGCGAUCGUGAAUAUCGGAAAGACUAUGAAAAGUCAAAAACCGUGUACACGGCACCGCUUGAUAUGCUCCAAGUCACUCAGGCUAAGAAAUCCCAGGCAAUUGCCAGUGACGUGGACUACAAGCACCUCUUACACAAUUACAGCUACCCACCCGACAGCAUCAAUGUAGACCUCGCCAAGAAGGCCUAUGCGCUGCAGAGUGAUGUUGAAUACAAAGCUGACUACAACAGCUGGAUGAAAGGCUGUGGCUGGGUGCCUUUUGGAUCUUUAGAAAUGGAAAAGGCCAAGCGAGCUUCAGACAUCCUUAAUGAGAAAAAAUACCGGCAACAUCCAGAUACACUCAAGUUUACGUCGAUUGAAGAUGCUCCAAUUACAGUACAGUCUAAAAUUAACCAGGCCCAAAGGAGUGAUAUCGUUUACAAAGCCAAAGGAGAGGAAAUUCUCCACAAAUACAACCUGCCGGCUGAUCUGCCUCAGUUCAUUCAAGCUAAAGUGAAUGCCUACAACAUCAGCGAGAAUAUGUACAAAGCAGACCUGAAAGACUUGAGCAAGAAGGGCUAUGACCUAAGAACCGAUGCGAUUCCCAUCAAAGCCGCCAAAGCUGCCAGGCAGGCGGCGAGUGACGUUCAGUACAAAAAGGAUUAUGAAAAAGCUAAAGGGAAAAUGGUGGGCUUCCAAAGUCUCCAAGAUGAUCCUAAACUGGUUCAUUACAUGAAUGUUGCCAAGAUACAGUCAGACCGGGAGUAUAAAAAAGACUAUGAGAAGACAAAGACCAAAUACAACACACCCCAUGACAUGUUCAAUGUUGUGGCAGCCAAGAAAGCUCAAGAUGUAGUCAGCAAUGUCAAUUAUAAACAUGCUCUGCACCAUUACACCUACCUGCCGGAUGCCAUGGACCUGGAGUUGUCUAAAAACAUGAUGCAAAUACAGAGCGAUAAUGCCUACAAGGAAGACUACAAUACCUGGAUGAAAGGCAUUGGCUGGAUACCCAUUGGCAGUCUCGACGUAGAAAAAGUUAAAAAGGCGGGUGAUGCCCUGAAUGAAAAGAAGUACAGGCAACACCCAGACACCCUCAAAUUUACCAGCAUCGUGGACUCCCCAGUUAUGGUCCAGGCAAAACAGAAUACACAGCAAGUCAGUGAUAUCUUAUACAAAGCUAAAGGAGAAGAUGUGAAACACAAAUACACCAUCAGUCCUGAUCUUCCUCAAUUUCUCCAAGCCAAGUGCAAUGCUUACAAUAUAAGUGAUGUCUGUUACAAACGGGACUGGCAUGAUUUAAUAGCCAAGGGCAACAAUGUCCUGGGCGAUGCCAUUCCUAUCACUGCGGCCAAGUCAUCAAGAAACAUUGCCAGUGAUUAUAAAUACAAAGAAGCUUAUGAGAAGUCAAAGGGAAAGCAUGUGGGCUUUAGAAGCCUACAGGAUGACCCCAAACUGGUCCACUACAUGAAUGUGGCGAAACUGCAGUCUGAUCGUGAAUACAAGAAGAACUAUGAGAACACCAAAACCAGCUACCAUACCCCUGGGGACAUGGUUAGCAUUACAGCUGCAAAGAUGGCCCAGGAUGUUGCCACCAAUGUCAACUACAAGCAGCCAAUACAUCAUUACACAUACCUGCCUGACGCCAUGAGUCUCGAGCAUACUAGGAAUGCAAAUCAAAUUCAGAGCGAUAAUGUGUACAAGGACGAGUAUAACAACUUCUUCAAGGGCAUUGGUUGGAUCCCUAUUGGUUCUCUGGAGGUUGAGAAAGCCAAGAAAGCAGGCGAUGCAUUAAAUGAGAGGAAGUAUCGACAGCACCCAGACACCAUCAAGUUCACAAGUGUGCCUGAUUCCAUGGGCAUGGUUUUAGCUCAGCAGAACACGAAGCAGCUGAGUGAUUUGAACUACAAGGUAGAAGGGGAGAAGCUAAAGCACAAGUACACUAUGGACCCUGAAGUGCCUCAGUUUAUUCAGGCCAAGGUCAACGCCCUCAACAUGAGUGAUGCUCAUUAUAAAGCAGACUGGAAGAAAAUCAUUGCUAAAGGCUACGAUUUGAGACCAGAUGCCAUUCCAAUCGUUGCUGCCAAAAGUUCAAGGAAUAUUGCCAGUGAUUGCAAAUAUAAGGAGGCCUAUGAGAAAGCCAAAGGCAAGCAAAUUGGAUUUCUCAGUCUUCAGGAUGACCCUAAACUGGUUCACUACAUGCAUGUGGCUAAAAUACAGUCCGAUCGUGAGUACAAGAAGGGCUACGAAGCCAGCAAGACCAGGUACCACACACCUUUGGACAUGCUCAGUGUGACAGCUGCAAAGAAAUCUCAGGAGGUUGCUACCAACGCCAAUUACAAACAGCCCUUCCACAACUACACUCUUCUGCCUGAUGCCUUGAACGUGGAGCACUCGAGAAACGCCAUGCAGAUCCAGAGUGAUAAUCUAUAUAAAUCUGACUUCACCAACUGGAUGAAAGGGAUUGGCUGGGUCCCAAUAGAAUCCCUGGAGGUGGAGAAGGCAAAGAAGGCCGGAGAGAUUCUCAGUGAGAAGAAGUAUCGCCAGCACCCUGAGAAGCUGAAGUUCACAUACUCCAUGGACACGAUGGAACAGGCCCUCAACAAAAGUAAUAAAUUAACUAUGGACAAGAGACGCUACACUGAAAAAUGGAACAAAGACAAGACCACCAUUCACGUCAUGCCUGACACUCCCGAUAUUUUACUCUCCAGAGUAAACCAAAUCACCAUGAGUGAUAAAUUGUACAAAGCUGGCUGGGAAGAAGAAAAGAAGAAAGGAUAUGACCUGAGGCCUGAUGCCAUCCCAAUAAAGGCUGCAAGAGCUUCUCGGGACAUUGCCAGUGAUUACAAAUACAAGCAAGCCUAUGAGCAAGCCAAAGGGAAGCACAUCGGCUUCCGGAGCCUGGAGGACGACCCCAAGUUGGUGCACUUCAUGCAAGUGGCCAAGAUGCAGUCAGAUCGGGAGUACAAGAAGGCGUACGAGAAAUCCAAGACAUCCUUCCACACCCCAGUGGACAUGUUCAGUGUGGUGGCAGCCAAGAAAUCUCAGGAAGUGGCCACCAAUGCCAACUACAGGAAUAUAAUCCAUACCUACAACAUGCUUCCUGAUGCCAUGAGCUUUGAACUGGCCAAAAACAUGAUGCAGAUUCAGAGUGAUAAUCAGUACAAAGCUGACUAUGCUGACUUCAUGAAGGGCAUUGGGUGGCUCCCUCUGGGCUCCCUGGAAGCUGAGAAAAACAAGAAAGCCAUGGAGAUUAUUAGUGAAAAGAAGUACCGCCAGCACCCAGACACUUUGAAGUAUUCCACCUUGAUGGACUCGAUGAACAUGGUUUUGGCCCAGAACAAUGCAAAAAUUAUGAAUGAACACCUCUACAAACAAGCAUGGGAGGCUGACAAGACCAAAAUUCACAUCAUGCCUGACAUCCCCCAGAUUAUUUUGGCAAAGGCAAAUGCAAUUAAUAUGAGUGAUAAACUCUACAAACUUUCUUUGGAAGAGUCUAAAAAGAAAGGCUACGAUCUCAGAACGGAUGCAAUUCCUAUCAAAGCUGCCAAGGCUUCAAGAGAUAUUGCAAGUGAUUAUAAGUACAAGUACAAUUAUGAAAAGGAGAAGGGGAAAAUGGUUGGUUUCCGCAGUCUUGAGGAUGAUCCCAAAUUAGUCCACUCCAUGCAAGUGGCUAAAAUGCAAUCUGAUCGGGAGUACAAGAAAAACUAUGAGAAGACAAAGACCAGCUACCACACCCCUAAAGACAUGCUCAGUGUCACGGCUGCCAAGGAUGCUCAAGCCAACAUCACCAACACUAACUACAAGCGCCUGAUUCACAAGUACAUCCUCCUUCCAGAUGCAAUGAAUAUUGAGCUGACCAGGAAUAUGGGGCACAUCCAGAGUAAUAAUGAAUAUAAGCAGGACUACAAUGAAUGGUACAAAGGGCUUGGUUGGAGUCCAGCUGGUUCUCUAGAAGUGGAGAAGGCCAAGAAAGCAACUGAAUAUGCCAGUGAUCAGAAAUAUCGCCAGCACCCUAGUAACUUCCAGUUUAAGAAGCUGACUGAUUCCAUGGACAUGGUGCUUGCUAAGCAGAAUGCACACACCAUGAAUAAGCAUUUAUAUACUGUUGAUUGGAAUAAAGAUAAGACCAAGAUUCAUGUGAUGCCCGACACACCAGAAAUUAUACAAGCCAAGCAGAAUAAAACACUAUAUAGUCAGAAACUCUAUAAACUUGGAUGGGAAGAAGCUUUGAAGAAAGGCUAUGAUCUCCCACUUGAUGCAAUUUCCGUACAGCUGGCCAAAGCUUCCAGAGACAUUGCUAGUGAUUUUAAAUACAAACAAGGCUACCGAAAGCAACUUGGCCACCAUAUUGGAUUCCGGAGUUUGCAAGAUGACCCAAAGCUUGUGUUGUCCAUGAAUGUAGCCAAAAUGCAGAGCGAAAGAGAAUACAAGAAGGACUUUGAGAAGUGGAAAACCAAGUAUACCAGCCCAGUGGACAUGUUGGGAGUGGUGCUGGCCAAGAAAUGUCAGGCCUUGGUUAGUGAUGUGGAUUACAAGAACUACUUACAUCAGUGGACAUGCCUGCCUGAUCAGAAUGAUGUUAUUCAAGCUAAAAAAGUUUAUGAACUACAAAGUGAGAAUAUAUAUAAAUCUGAUCUUGAGUGGCUGAAAGGCAUAGGAUGGAGUCCCCUGGGUUCUUUGGAGGCGGAAAAGAACAAGCGAGCUUCAGAAAUCAUCAGUGAGAAGAAAUACCGUCAGCCUCCAGAUAGAAACAAGUUCACUAGCAUUCCUGAUGCCAUGGAUAUAGUUCUGGCAAAGACAAAUGCCAAGAAUAGGAGUGAUAGACUUUAUAGAGAAGCUUGGGACAAGGACAAGACUCAAAUCCACAUCAUGCCUGAUACACCUGACAUUAUUCUGGCUAAAGCAAACUUAAUCAACACAAGUGAUAAACUCUACCGAAUGGGUUACGAAGAGCUGAAGAAAAAAGGUUACGACCUUCCUGUUGAUGCCAUACCAAUCAAAGCAGCCAAAGCAUCCCGGGAAAUUGCCAGUGAAUACAAGUAUAAAGAUGGUUACCGCAAGCAGCUGGGCCACCACAUCGGGGCCCGGAACAUUAAGGACGACCCCAAGAUGAUGUGGUCCAUGCACGUGGCCAAGAUCCAGAGUGACAGGGAGUACAAGAAGGACUUUGAGAAGUGGAAGACCAAGUUCAGCAGCCCGGUGGACAUGCUGGGGGUGGUGCUGGCCAAGAAGUGCCAGACCUUAGUGAGUGAUGUGGACUACAAGAACUACCUGCACCAGUGGACCUGCCUGCCCGACCAGAACGACGUGAUCCAUGCCCGCCAGGCCUACGACCUCCAGAGUGAUAAUUUGUACAAGGCUGAUCUUCAGUGGCUGAAAGGCAUCGGCUGGAUAACUAGUGGUUCUCUCGAGGAUGAGAAGAACAAAAGAGCUACCCAGAUUUUGAGUGACCAUGUUUACCGUCAGCACCCCGAUAAAUUAAAGUUUUCCCUCCUUAUGGACUCUAUGCCAAUGGUUUUGGCAAAAAACAAUGCUAUUACCAUGAACCAUCGCCUCUAUACAGAAGCUUGGGAUAAAGAUAAAACUACUGUCCAUAUUAUGCCAGACACCCCUGAAGUUCUACUAGCUAAACAAAACAAAAUAAACUACAGUGAGAAAUUAUAUAAACUUGGCUUAGAAGAAGCCAGGAAGAAAGGCUAUGAUAUGCGACUGGAUGCCAUUCCCAUCAAGGCGGCCAAGGCCUCCAGAGAUAUCGCCAGUGAAUUCAAGUACAAAGAAGGCUAUCGUAAGCAGCUGGGCCACCACAUUGGGGCCCGGGACAUUAAAGAUGACCCCAAGAUGAUGUGGUCCAUGCACGUGGCCAAGAUCCAGAGUGACAGGGAGUACAAGAAGGACUUUGAGAAGUGGAAGACCAAGUUCAGCAGCCCGGUGGACAUGCUGGGGGUGGUGCUGGCCAAGAAGUGUCAGGCCUUAGUGAGUGACGUGGACUACAAGAACUACCUGCACCAGUGGACCUGCCUGCCCGACCAGAACGACGUGAUCCACGCCCGCCAGGCCUACGACCUCCAGAGUGACAAUAUGUACAAGUCAGACCUCCAGUGGAUGAGAGGUAUCGGCUGGGUGCCCAUUGGCUCUUUGGAUGUGGAAAAAUGUAAAAGGGCAACUGAAAUUUUGAGUGAUAAAGUCUAUCGGCAGCCUCCAGACAAAUUCAAAUUUACCAGUGUGACUGAUUCCCUGGAGCAAGUGUUGGCCAAGAAUAAUGCCAUCACUAUGAACAAGCGAUUAUACACAGAAGCCUGGGACAAAGACAAGACCCAGAUCCACAUAAUGCCGGACACACCAGAAAUUAUGUUGGCAAGAAUGAACAAGAUCAACUACAGUGAGAGCCUGUAUAAACUUGCCAACGAAGAAGCCAAGAAGAAAGGCUACGACUUGAGAAGCGACGCCAUCCCCAUCGUGGCAGCCAAGGCCUCCAGGGACAUCAUCAGUGAUUACAAAUACAAAGAUGGUUAUCGCAAGCAGCUGGGUCACCACAUCGGGGCCCGGGACAUUAAAGACGACCCCAAGAUGAUGUGGUCCAUGCACGUGGCCAAGAUCCAGAGUGACAGGGAGUAUAAGAAGGACUUUGAGAAGUGGAAGACCAAGUUCAGCAGCCCAGUGGACAUGCUGGGGGUGGUGCUGGCCAAGAAGUGUCAGGCCUUAGUGAGUGACGUGGACUACAAGAACUACCUGCACCAGUGGACCUGCCUGCCCGACCAGAACGACGUGAUCCAUGCCCGCCAGGCCUACGACCUCCAGAGUGAUAAUGUGUACAAGUCAGAUCUCCAGUGGCUGAAAGGCAUUGGCUGGGUCCCCAUUGGGUCUCUGGAUGUGGUCAAGUGCAAGAGGGCUGCAGAGAUUCUGAGCGACAACAUCUACCGCCAGCCUCCGGACAAGCUGAAGUUCACCAGUGUGACUGAUUCUCUGGAACAGGUGCUGGCCAAGAACAACGCCAUCACCAUGAACAAGCGCUUAUACACGGAGGCCUGGGACAAAGACAAGACGCAAAUUCACAUCAUGCCUGAUACACCAGAGAUCAUGCUGGCAAGGCAGAACAAAAUCAACUACAGUGAGAGUCUGUAUAAACUGGCCAACGAGGAAGCCAAGAAGAAAGGCUAUGACCUGCGAAGUGACGCCAUCCCGAUUGUGGCAGCCAAGGCCUCCAGGGACAUCGCCAGUGACUACAAAUACAAAGAUGGUUAUCGCAAGCAGCUGGGUCACCACAUCGGGGCCCGAGACAUUAAAGAUGACCCCAAGAUGAUGUGGUCCAUGCACGUGGCCAAGAUCCAGAGUGACAGGGAGUACAAGAAGGACUUUGAGAAGUGGAAGACCAAGUUCAGCAGCCCAGUGGACAUGCUGGGGGUGGUGCUGGCCAAGAAGUGUCAGGCCUUAGUGAGUGACGUGGACUACAAGAACUACCUGCACCAGUGGACCUGCCUGCCCGACCAGAAUGACGUGAUCCACGCCCGCCAGGCCUACGACCUCCAGAGUGAUAACAUUUAUAAAUCAGAUCUCCAGUGGCUGAAAGGCAUUGGCUGGGUCCCCAUUGGGUCUCUGGAUGUCGUCAAGUGCAAGAGGGCUGCAGAGAUUCUGAGCGACAACAUCUACCGCCAGCCUCCGGACAAGCUGAAGUUCACCAGUGUGACUGAUUCUCUGGAACAGGUGCUGGCCAAGAACAACGCCAUCACCAUGAACAAGCGCUUAUACACAGAAGCCUGGGACAAAGAUAAGACCCAAGUCCACAUUAUGCCUGAUACGCCUGAAAUUAUGUUGGCAAGACAAAAUAAAAUAAAUUACAGCGAGAGCCUCUAUCGCCAAGCCAUGGAGGAAGCCAAGAAAGAAGGCUAUGACCUGAGAAGCGAUGCCAUCCCCAUUGUGGCUGCCAAGGCCUCCCGAGAUAUUGCCAGUGAUUACAAAUACAAAGAAGCUUAUCGCAAGCAGUUGGGCCACCACAUUGGCGCCCGAGCAAUCCAUGAUGACCCCAAGAUGAUGUGGUCCCUCCACAUCGCCAAGGUGCAGAGUGACCGCGAAUACAAGAAAGAAUUUGAGAAAUAUAAGACAAGGUACAGCAGCCCGGUGGACAUGCUUGGUAUUGUUUUGGCCAAGAAAUGUCAGACCUUGGUGAGCGAUGUGGACUAUAAACAUCUUCUGCACGAAUGGACCUGCCUGCCCGACCAGAAUGAUGUCAUUCAGGCACGGAAAGCUUACGACCUCCAGAGCGAUAAUUUGUAUAAGGCAGACCUUGAAUGGAUGAGAGGCAUUGGUUGGGUUCCGAUCGGUUCCUUGGAAGUUGUUAAAGCCAAAAGGGCCACAGAGAUACUGAGUGAUAACAUUUACCGUCAGCGUCCAGACACACUGAAAUUUACCAGUAUAACUGACUCGCUGGAGCAGGUGCUGGCAAAGAACAACGCUAUCAACAUGAAUAAGCGCUUAUAUACUGAAGCCUGGGAAAAUGACAAGAAAACAAUCCAUGUCAUGCCUGAUACACCAGAAAUCAUGCUAGCCAAACUCAACCGAAUCAACUAUAGUGAUAAACUUUAUAAACUUGCUUUGGAAGAGUCUAAGAAGGAAGGUUAUGACCUGCGUCUGGAUGCCAUUCCAAUCCAAGCAGCCAAGGCUUCAAGAGAUAUUGCUAGUGAUUACAAGUACAAGGAAGGCUACCGCAAGCAGCUGGGCCACCACAUCGGGGCCCGGAACAUUAAGGACGACCCCAAGAUGAUGUGGUCCAUCCACGUGGCCAAGAUCCAGAGUGACAGGGAGUACAAGAAGGACUUUGAGAAGUGGAAGACCAAGUUCAGCAGCCCGGUGGACAUGCUGGGGGUGGUGCUGGCCAAGAAGUGCCAGAUCCUCGUAAGCGACAUAGACUACAAGCAUCCCCUUCAUGAAUGGACCUGCCUGCCCGAUCAGAAUGAUGUCAUUCAGGCUCGGAAGGCCUAUGACCUGCAGAGUGAUGCUAUUUACAAAGCUGAUCUUGAGUGGCUGAGGGGCAUUGGAUGGGUCCCCAUUGGCUCUGUAGAGGUGGAGAAGGUGAAGAGAGCAGGAGAAAUCCUGAGUGACAGGAAGUACCGCCAGCCUGCAGACCAGCUCAAAUUCACAUGCAUUACAGAUACUCCAGAAAUAGUCCUGGCAAAGAAUAAUGCCCUGACAAUGAGCAAGCAUUUAUACACAGAAGCCUGGGAUGCUGACAAAACCUCCAUCCAUGUGAUGCCAGAUACCCCAGAAAUUCUGCUAGCCAAGAGCAAUUCUGCCAAUAUCAGCCAAAAACUUUACACCAAGGGAUGGGAUGAAUCAAAGAUGAAGGACUAUGACCUGAGGGAAGACGCUAUUCCCAUCAAAAGUGCCAAGGCCUCUAGGGACAUCGCCAGCGAUUACAAAUACAAGGAAGCCUAUGAGAAACAGAAAGGCCACCACAUUGGAGCCCAGAGCGUUGAGGAUGACCCCAGGAUCAUGUGUGCCAUCCAUGCAGGGAAGAUCCAGAGCGAGCGGGAGUACAAGAAGGACUUCCAGAAGUGGAAGACCAAGUUCAGCAGCCCAGUGGACAUGCUGGGGUUGGUGCUGGCCAAGAAGUGCCAGACUCUCGUCAGUGAUGUUGAUUAUCGCAAUUACUUGCAUCAUUGGACGUGCUUACCUGAUCAGAACGAUGUCAUUCAAGCACGGAAGGCCUAUGACCUGCAGAGUGAUAAUGUGUAUAAAGCAGACUUGGAGUGGCUGCGUGGCAUUGGCUGGAUGCCAGAAGGCUCCGUAGAAAUGACCAGGGUGAAGGGUGCUCAAGAUCUCCUUAACGAAAGGCUCUAUAGAACCCGACCGGAAGCUUUGAAGUUCACUUGCAUUGUUGACACUCCAGAAGUUGUCCUGGCCAAGGCCAAUUCUCUGCAAAUGAGUGAUAAACUGUAUCAAGAGGCCUGGAACAAGGAUAAAACCAACAUCAGCAUUCCUUCAGAUACUCCAGUCAUGCUUCAGGCCCAAAUCAACGCCUUGCAAGUCAGCAAUAAACUCUACCAAAAAGACUGGGAUGAGGCCAAGCAAAAAGGCUAUGACAUAAGAGCAGAUGCCAUUGAAAUCAAGCAUGCCAAAGCCUCCAGAGAAAUUGCCAGUGAGUACAAAUACAAAGAAGGUUACCGUAAGCAACUGGGCCACCAUGUGGGUUUCCGCACCCUACAAGAUGACCCCAAGCUGGUAUGGUCUAUACAUGCUGCCAAGAUCCAGAGUGACAGAGAAUACAAGAAAGCUUAUGAGAAGUCUAAGGGAAUUCACAAUACACCGUUGGACAUGAUGUCAAUUGUCCAGGCCAAGAAAUGCCAGGUCUUGGUUAGCGACGUUGACUAUCGCAAUUACCUGCACCAGUGGACGUGUCUGCCAGAUCAGAACGACGUGAUCCAGGCUAAGAAAGCCUAUGAACUGCAGAGCGAUGCCAUCUAUAAGGCUGACUUGGAGUGGUUGCGUGGCAUUGGCUGGAUGCCUGAAGGGUCUCCUGAAGUACUGAGAGUCAAAAAUGCGCAAGAGAUCCUCUGUGACAGCGUCUAUCGGACACCUGUGGUCAAUCUCAAGUAUACAAGCAUUGUUGACACACCUGAAGUUGUCCUUGCCAAGUCAAAUGCUGAAAAUAUUAGCAUUCCAAAGUACAGAGAAGUUUGGGACAAGGAUAAAACUUCAAUCCACAUAAUGCCAGACACUCCAGAAAUUAAUCUUGCUAGAGCAAAUGCUCUUAAUGUGAGCAAUAAAAUUUACCGUGAAGGCUGGGAUGAGGUGAAGAUGAGCUGUGAUGUGCGGCUGGACGCCAUCCCCAUCCAGGCUGCCAAGGCCUCCAGGGAGAUUGCCAGUGACUAUAAGUACAAGCUUGACCAUGAGAAGCAGAAGGGACACUACGUGGGCACUCUCACAGCCAGGGAUGACAACAAGAUCCGGUGGGCCCUCAUAGCUGGCAAGAUUCAGAAUGAAAGAGAGUACCGGCUGCAGUGGGCCAAAUGGAAGACCAAGUUCCAGAGCCCUGCAGACAUGCUUUCCAUCUUACAUUCUAAGAAAUGCCAGACUCUGGUCAGCGACAUCGAUUACCGCAAUUACCUACACCAGUGGACUUGCAUGCCUGACCAGAACGAUGUUAUUCAGGCCAAGAAAGCCUACGAACUGCAGAGCGACGCUGUGUACAAGGCCGACCUGGAGUGGUUACGUGGAAUUGGGUGGAUGCCAAAUGAUUCUGUUUCCGUCAAUCAUGCCAAACAUGCUGCAGAUAUCUUCAGUGAGAAAAAAUAUCGCACAAAAAUAGAAACUCUCAACUUUACUCCUGUGGAUGACAGAGUUGAUUACGUGACAGCGAAACAAAGCGGUGAAAUCCUUGAUGAUAUUAAAUACCGGAAAGACUGGAAUGCCAUCAAAUCACAGUAUACCCUCACCGAAACCCCCUUGCUGCACACUGCCCAGGAGGCUGCCCGGAUCCUGGACCAGUAUCUCUACAAGGAAGGCUGGGAGAAACAAAAAGCCACAGGCUACAUUUUGCCUCCGGACGCGGUGCCGUUUGUCCAUGCUCAUCACUCCAGCGAUGUUCAGAGUGAGCUGAAAUACAAAGCUGAACACGUAAAGCAGAAAGGCCACUACGUUGGUGUUCCGACGAUGAGAGAUGACCCUAAACUGGUUUGGUUUGAGCAUGCAGGCCAGAUUCAGAAUGACAGGCUCUACAAAGAGGACUACCACAAAACAAAGGCCAAAAUCAACAUACCUGCUGAUAUGGUGUCCGUCGUGGCUGCCAAGGAGGGCCAGAACCUCGUCAGUGAUAUCGACUACCGUAAUUACCUGCGCCAAUGGACGUGUCAUCCCGACCAAAAUGAUGUUAUCCAGGCAAGGAAAGCCUAUGACCUACAGAGUGAUAAUGUCUACAAAGCUGACCUGGAGUGGCUCCGAGGCAUUGGCUGGAUCCCCCUAGAUUCUGUGGACCACGUGAGGGUUACCAAGAACCAGGAAAUGGUGAAUCAGAUAAAAUAUAAGAAAGAUGCUCUUGACAACUAUCCUAACUUUACAAGUGUGGUGGAUCCUCCAGAGAUUGUUUUGGCCAAAAUUAACUCAGUCAACCAAAGUGAUGUGAAAUAUAAAGAGACAUUUAAUAAAGCCAAGGGCAAGUAUACAUUUUCUCCAGAUACACCACAUAUCUCCCACUCGAAAGACAUGGGGAAACUCUACAGUACUAUCCUGUACAAGGGGGCGUGGGAGGGAACCAAGGCCUAUGGCUAUACCUUGGAUGAGCGCUAUAUUCCCAUCGUGGGAGCCAAGCAUGCCGACCUGGUGAACAGUGAGCUCAAAUACAAAGAGACAUAUGAGAAGCAGAAAGGUCACUACCUGGCUGGAAAGGUGAUCGGCGAGUUCCCUGGUGUGGUUCACUGUCUGGAUUUCCAAAAGAUGAGGAGUGUGCUGAACUACAGAAAAAAUUAUGAGGACACCAAAGCAAAUGUUCAUAUCCCCAAUGACAUGAUGAAUCAUGUGCUAGCGAAAAGGUGCCAGUACAUUCUCAGUGACCUGGAGUACCGACACUACUUUCACCAGUGGACAUCUCUUCCGGAAGAACCCAAAGUUAUUCAUGCACGAAACGCCCAGGAGAUCUUAAGUGAUAAUGUGUAUAAAGAUGACUUGAAUUGGUUGAAAGGCAUUGGUUGCUAUGUUUGGGAUACACCCCAGAUCCUCCAUGCCAAGAAAUCAUAUGACCUCCAGAGUCAGCUACAAUACACGGCAGCAGGUAAAGAAAAUCUACAAAACUAUAACCUGGUCACUGACACGCCAGUUUACGUGACUGCUCUUCAAAGUGGCAUCAAUGCCAGCGAGGUGAAAUAUAAAGAAAAUUAUCAUCAGAUCAAGGACAAAUACACCACAGUUCUAGAAACGGUGGAUUAUGACAGAACCAAGAAUCUGAAGAGUCUUUACAGCAGUAACCUGUACAAGGAGGCGUGGGACAGAGUAAAAGCCACCAGCUACAUCCUGCCUUCCAGCACCUUGUCCCUGACACAUGCCAAGAACCAGAAGCACCUGGCCAGCCACAUCAAAUAUCGGGAAGAAUAUGAAAAAUUCAAAGCUCUUUACACCUUACCAAGAAGUGUCGACGAUGAUCCGAACACGGCACGGUGCCUCCGAGUUGGCAAACUCAACAUUGACCGCCUGUACAGAUCAGUGUAUGAGAAAAACAAGAUGAAGAUCCACACUGUGCCUGACAUGGUAGAGAUGGUUACUGCCAAGGAUUCUCAGAAGAAAGUCAGUGAGAUCGAUUACCGCCUGCACCUCCACGAAUGGAUUUGCCACCCCGACUUGCAAGUGAACAGUCACGUCAGGAAAGUCACGGAUCAGAUCAGCGACAUCGUGUACAAGGAUGACCUCAACUGGCUGAAAGGCAUUGGUUGCUACGUCUGGGACACUCCUGAAAUUCUCCAUGCCAAACAUGCCUAUGAUCUACGCAAUGAUAUCAAGUACAAAGCUCACGUGCAGAAAACAAGAAAUGACUACAAGUUGGUCAUGGACACUCCUGUCUAUGUUCAGGCUGUCAAGAGUGGGAAACAGCUAAGUGAUGCUGUCUACCAUCAUGACUACGUGCACAGUGUCAGAGGCAAAGUGGCUCCGACUACAAAAACUGUGGACUUGGACCGGGCCCUUCAUGCAUACAAGCUCCAGAGUGAGAAUCUAUACAAAACUAGCCUGCGCACUCUGCCCACCGGGUACAGGCUCCCGGUGGACACCCCGCACUUCAAGCACAGCAAGGACACCCGGUACAUGAGCAGCUAUUUCAAAUACAAAGAAGCCUAUGAACACAUCAAGGCAAAUGGGUACACGCUAGGCCCCAAAGACGUUCCAUUUGUCCACGUCCGGAGAGUCAACAACGUGACCAGCGAGAGACUGUAUCGAGAAUUAUACCACAAGCUGAAAGACAAGAUUCACACAACUCCUGACACACCUGAAAUCCGCCAAGUCAAGAAGACACAAGAAGCUGUCAGUGAGCUGAUCUACAAAUCAGACUUCUUCAAGAUGCAGGGUCACAUGAUCUCCCUGCCAUACACGCCCCAAGUGGUCCAUUGUCGCUACGUGGGAGACAUCACCAGCGAUAUUAAAUACAAAGAGGAUUUGCAGAUCCUGAGGGGACUCGGCUGCUUCUUGUAUGACACUCCUGACAUGGUCCGCUCCCGGCACCUGCGGAAGCUCUGGUCUAAUUACCUGUACACUGAUAAUGCAAGGAAGAUGCGUGACAAAUACAAAGUGGUGCUUGACACUCCGGAGUAUAGAAAAGUGCAGGAGCUGAAGACGCAUCUGAGCGAGCUGGUGUACAGAGCUGCCGGCAAGAAGCAGAAGUCCAUCUUCACUUCAGUCCCUGAUACGCCUGAUCUUUUAAGAGCCAAGCGAGGGCAGAAGCUUCAGAGUCAGUAUCUGUACGUUGAACUUGCCACCAAAGAGAGACCCCACCAUCAUGCUGGAAACCAGACCACAGCCUUGAAGCAUGCUAAGGACGUGAAGGACAUGGUCAGCGAGAAAAAGUACAAGAUUCAAUAUGAAAAGAUGAAGGACAAGUACACCCCAGUUCCGGAUACGCCGAUCCUCAUCAGAGCCAAGAAGGCUUACUGGAAUGCCAGUGAUCUACGCUACAAAGAAACAUUUGAAAAGACCAAGGGGAAAUACCAUACUGUAAAGGAUGCUCUGGACAUUGUUUAUCACCGCAAAGUCACAGAUGACAUCAGUAAAGUGAAAUACAAGGAGAACUACAUGAGCCAGUUGGGAAUCUGGAGGUCCAUUCCUGAUCGCCCCGAGCAUUUCCACCACCGGGCAGUCACUGACGCAGUCAGCGAUGUAAAAUACAAAGAGGACUUGACCUGGCUUAAAGGCAUUGGUUGCUAUGCCUAUGAUACCCCUGACUUCACUCUGGCAGAACAGAACAAGACUCUGUACAGCAAGUACAAAUAUAAAGAGGUAUUUGAAAGAACAAAGUCAAAUUUCAAGUAUGUCGCUGACUCACCAAUCAAUAAGCAUUUCAAGUAUGCAACACAGCUGAUGAAUGAGAAAAAAUACAGAGCUGAUUAUGAGCAGCGGAAAGAUAAAUACCACCUGGUGGUUGAUGAGCCUAGACAUCUGCUGGCUAAGACCGCAGGCGACCAGAUCAGCCAGAUCAAGUACAGGAAAAAAUAUGAAAAAUCAAAGGACAAAUUUACCUCAGUUGUGGACACUCCGGAACACCUACGUACUACAAAAGUCAACAAGCAAAUCAGCGAUAUACUCUAUAAACUGGAAUACAACAAGGCCAAACCCAGAGGCUACACCACAAUCCAUGACACGCCUAUGCUGCUGCACGUCCGCAAGGUUAAAGAUGAAGUCAGCGACCUGAAAUACAAAGAAGUUUACGAAAGAACUAAAUCAAACUGCACCAUCGAGCCAGAUGCUGUUCACAUCAAAGCAGCCAAAGACGCCUACAAAGUUAACACCAACCUAGACUACAAGAAGCAGUAUGAAGCCAACAAGGCCCACUGGAAGUGGACCCCUGACCGACCAGAUUUCAUCCAGGCCGCCAAGUCAUCCCUGCAGCAAAGCGAUUUUGAAUAUAAGCUGGACCGAGAGUUCCUCAAGGGAUGCAAGCUUUCUGUCACAGAUGAUAAAAACACAGUGCUGGCCCUCAAGAACACCAUAAUAGAAAGUGAUCUGAAGUACAAAGAGAAGCAUGUCAAAGAGAGAGGCACCUGCCACGCUGUGCCUGACACGCCUCAGAUCCUCCUGGCAAAGACUGUCAGCAAUCUGGUGUCUGAGAACAAGUACAAGGACCAUGUCAAGAAGCACUUGGCCCAGGGAUCAUACACAACACUGCCGGAGACCCGGGACACCGUUCACGUCAAGGAAGUGACCAAGCAUGUCAGUGAUACAAACUACAAAAAGAAGUUUGUGAAGGAGAAGGGAAAAUCCAACUACUCCAUCAUGCUGGAGCCACCAGACGUGAAACACGCUAUGGAUGUGGCCAAGAAGCAGAGCGAUGUUGCUUACAGAAAAGAUGCCAAGGAGAACCUGCAUUAUACCACAGUGGCAGAUCGGCCAGACAUCAAGAAAGCCACACAGGCAGCCAAACAGGCCAGCGAGGUGGAGUACAGAGCCAAGCAUCGCAAGGAAGGCAGCCAUGGGUUGAGCAUGCUUGGCCGCCCAGACAUAGAAAUGGCCAAGAAGGCAGCCAGGCUGAGCAGCCAGGUUAAGUACCGAGAAAAUUUCGACAAAGAGAAGGGCAAGGCUCCAAAAUACAAUCCAAAAGACAGCCAACUCUACAAAGUCAUGAAGGAUGCUAAUAAUCUCGCAAGCGAGGUUAAAUAUAAGGCUGAUCUGAAGAAACUUCACAAGCCUGUGACUGACAUGAAGGAAUCUCUGAUAAUGAAUCACGUCCUGAAUACGAGCCAGCUCGCUAGUUCUUACCAGUACAAGAAGAACUAUGAGAAGAGCAAAGGCCACUACCACACGAUACCCGACAACCUGGAGCAGCUUCACCUGAAAGAGGCCACAGAAUUACAGAGUAUAGUGAAAUACAAAGAGAAGUAUGAAAAGGAACGAGGAAAGCCUAUGUUGGACUUUGAGACACCAACAUACAUCACUGCCAAAGAGUCUCAGCAGAUGCAGAGUGGGAAAGAAUAUAGGAAAGAUUAUGAAGAGUCAAUUAAAGGCAGAAACCUGACUGGCCUGGAGGUCACGCCAGCUUUAUUACAUGUCAAAUACGCAACCAAAAUAGCAAGCGAGAAAGAAUACCGAAAAGAUCUAGAGGAAAGCAUCCGUGGAAGGGGUCUCACUGAAAUGGAAGACACACCUGACAUGCUGAGAGCGAAGAAUGCCACUCAAAUUCUCAAUGAGAAAGAAUAUAAGCGAGACCUCGAACUGGAAGUCAAAGGAAGAGGUCUGAAUGCCAUGGCCAAUGAAACUCCAGAUUUUAUGAGAGCCCGGAAUGCUACUGAUAUUGCCAGUCAGAUCAAGUAUAAGCAAUCAGCAGAAAUGGAAAAAGCCAAUUUCACUUCUGUAGUUGACACUCCGGAGAUCAUUCAUGCUCAACAAGUCAAGAACCUUUCAAGCCAGAAAAAGUACAAAGAAGAUGCAGAGAAGUCCAUGUCAUAUUACGAGACGGUGUUGGAUACCCCAGAGAUGCAGAGAGUCCGGGAGAACCAAAAGAAUUUCAGUCUUCUCCAAUACCAGUGUGACCUUAAAAACAGUAAAGGAAAAAUUACAGUUGUUCAAGACACGCCAGAAAUACUGCGUGUUAAAGAAAAUCAAAAGAAUUUCAGCUCGGUUUUAUAUAAAGAGGAUGUCUCACCAGGAACAGCAAUCGGAAAGACACCUGAGAUGAUGAGAGUGAAGCAAACACAGGACCACAUUAGUUCGGUGAAGUAUAAGGAAGCCAUUGGACAAGGAACUCCAAUCCCUGACUUGCCUGAAGUGAAGCGCGUCAAGGAGACCCAGAAGCACAUUAGCUCGGUUAUGUACAAAGAGAACUUGGGAACAGGCAUUCCAACCACUGUCACUCCAGAGAUUGAGAGAGUCAAACGCAAUCAAGAGAACUUUAGCUCGGUUUUAUACAAAGAAAAUGUGGGGAAAGGAACCCCAACACCUAUCACUCCAGAGAUGGAGAGAGUCAAACGCAAUCAAGAAAACUUUAGCUCGGUGUUAUACAAAGAAAACAUGGGCAAGGGGACCCCUUUACCCAUCACUCCAGAGAUGGAGCGUGUCAAACACAAUCAAGAGAAUAUCAGCUCGGUUUUGUACAAAGAAAAUGUGGGGAAAGCCACCCCAACCCCUGUCACUCCAGAGAUGCAGAGAGUCAAACGCAAUCAAGAAAACAUUAGCUCGGUGUUAUACAAAGAGAGCCUGGGGAAAGCAACCCCCACACCCUUUACUCCAGAGAUGGAAAGAGUCAGACGCAAUCAAGAAAACUUUAGCUCGGUAUUAUACAAAGAAAAUAUGAGAAAAGCAACUCCGACACCUGUCACUCCAGAGAUGGAAAGGGCUAAGCGCAACCAAGAAAACAUUAGCUCGGUUCUUUAUUCUGACAGCUUCCGGAAACAGAUACAAGGCAAGGCUGCCUAUGUGCUGGAUACCCCAGAAAUGAGACGGGUGAGGGAGACACAACGGCACAUCUCAACGGUGAAGUAUCAUGAGGACUUUGAGAAACACAAGGGUUGCUUCACACCAGUGGUGACAGACCCUAUCACUGAGCGAGUGAAGAAGAACACACAGGACUUCAGUGACAUCAACUACCGAGGUAUUCAAAGGAAAGUGGUAGAAAUGGAGCAAAAACGGAAUGACCAGGACCAGGAGACUGUUACAGGUCUACGUGUCUGGCGUACUAAUCCAGGCUCAGUUUUUGACUAUGACCCAGCAGAAGACAACAUUCAAUCCCGAAGCUUACACUUGAUUAAUGUCCAAGCCCAGCGCAGGAGCCGGGAGCAGUCUCGAUCUGCCAGUGCACUGAGCAUCAGUGGGGGUGAAGAGAAGUCUGAGCAUUCAGAAGCUGCCGACCACCACCUCUCCACCUACAGUGAUGGGGGCAUCAUUUUCUCGACAACCUCAACAGCUUACAAACAUGCAAAAGCCACAGAGCUCCCACAACAACGAUCAUCUUCAGUCGCUACCCAACAGACAACAGUAUCUUCUAUUCCAUCUCAUCCCUCUACUGCUGGAAAAAUCUUCCGGGCCAUGUAUGACUAUAUGGCUGCUGAUGCAGAUGAGGUGUCCUUCAAAGAUGGAGAUGCUAUCGUAAAUGUUCAAGCUAUUGAUGAAGGUUGGAUGUAUGGCACUGUGCAGAGGACUGGCAGGACCGGCAUGCUCCCCGCCAACUACGUUGAAGCUAUUUAAGCAUUUCAAAGCAUCACACCUGUCUGCAGGACCUGCAAACCCUGCAGUUAAUAUUUCAAUGUAGAUUCUAUUACUCAAGUUCUUAAGCUGCCUAAAGGUUUUUUUGCAUCUCUUAAUCUGCUUCUAUAGGAA